GGUGUUGUGCUGCAUGCUGGGCCGUGCAGGCUGAGCAGAGCCGCUCCAGACCUCCAGACUUUAUUUUUAGCGUGUUUUCCUGAGAGCAGGCGGAGCUAAGGACGCUGGGCUGGGAUGAGGGAUGCUGCUGGAGCAGGUGGAGACCGCCGAUGUUUACGAGACUGCUUUUGGGGACGAUCACAGGCAGCUGGAGAAGAUAUUCAGUCCUGGAGGCUGUAAAAGCCCGUCUCUGGAGCGCUUUGUGUUUGAUUCCGGGCUGAAAAGGACAGAUCUGAAAGGCUGAGACGAUGAUGCUCUAUCUUUGGAUCUGUGGCCGGAGCCGUUUUCUCUGAAACCUGAUAUUAUGCAGGAAGCGAGGGAGACUGGACGGAUUACAGGGGAACGAAGCACCGGUUCAAAAAGCGUCUUGCACAGUGGCAGUCUUAGCCAACUAUGGUUGACCCCUUGGAUGCUGAGGAGCAGACUCUGUGUAAAGGCUCACACCUUGACCCACCAGUGCUGGCCACUGAAGACUCUCGACUUCUAGAACAGACGGAGGAGACAACAACAGAGGACGAUGGGGAUGCCAGCUUCGAGACGCCGCCCACUGGCAGCUCAGAGCCGAGCCCCUGCCAUGCCGCUGCCCCAGCAGGACCAGAGGUCACCAAAGAGGAAGCAGCACCUCAGCAACCACAGAUUCAGACAGGCGCAGAUCUGUCCCCCAAAAUGCACCUGGACCUGUACAAUUUUGACUCGCCCGAUGCCGAAGGCAGCCGCUAUGUGUUGACGAGCCCCCGCUCUCUGGAGGCGUGUGCUCGAUGCGGGGUCAAGCCCGUGGAGCUGCUGCCCCGCCCGCUCACCGAAUUCAUCCAGGAGGCUCCUGGGCGGUCCAUGCGUGUUGCGACGGGACUGUUUGAAGUCUACGAGAGGGACAGACAUGGAAAACUGAGACAGUGCAGAGAAGAGAGGGAGAGGAUCGUCAGAGAGGAAAAACGAAGGAUUCUUCAGGCUGCGGUCAACAGUAGCAACAGUGCAUCUUCAUCCACUGGGGAAAAGUCCACACCUGGCUUUAGUCUACCUCCUAAAUCUGGGACCGCAGUCCCUAGCGCCGUCCUGGAUGUGGGAGCUUCCUCUAAAGUCACUACGUCAAGUCCAACCUCCAGACCAGGCGUAUCCCUUUCAUCAAAAGCUCCCACCCCCAAUCUCAGUACCUCCCCGAAAUCUGUCCCCAAAGGAUCUACCCCAUCUUCAAAAACUGCCUCCUCAGCUUCUGUACCAGCUUUUAAGACUGCAGUUCAAGGAUCUACCAAACCUUCCAAGUCAUCAGAACCUGUCAAAAGAACGAGGCCGCUCUCAUCUGGCCCUCCACCAGUGCUCAGGAAAUCCUCUGGUGGUAAAUCCUCCAACACUUUCCCCAGGUCAGCACCAAAACCUCCUUCCUUCCCCAGAGCAAAAUCUACAUUAACGUCAUCAGUGUCCAAGCCUGCAGUCCAUAGCCAUGGUGCUCCUCUGAAUGGAGUAAGUAGAGGGCCGUUCUCACAGCACAACGGUCAUCUGGGGUCACACUUAAAGAUACGAGGAAGGAGUCAUUCAUUGGAGUCAUUACAGCGAGCGAUGAAUCCUGUCUGCUCCUCGACUUCUACCACCACAGCCACUACGUGCACCUCAUCAGAGUCAGGGGCUUCUUCUUCUUACAGUUGGGAUGGUGUACGAGACCACUGGGCUAAGUUCUCCAGCCCUCGAGUUCGCACUAUGGCCACCUUCAACUCCCUGAUGGGCCGCAGCCUCAGCCUUGGCGACCUUAGCCACUCACCUCAGACGACACAGAAGGUGGAGCGCAUCGUGAAGGAGGUGAAGCGUCGUGGCCUCAAGGCCGUGUCUGAGCGAGAUCGUAAGAUCGCAGCCUUGAUGCUCGCCAGAUUCCAGGAGGAAGACAUCAUGAGUCAGACCCGCUAUGUGGCUCACCUUCAGUGGGACAGCGAGCGCAGGCUGGAAGAGCUGCGGCGCGAGCAGGAGGAGCGGGAGAAGCAGCGUGCCGUGCUCCAGUGCCAAAGAGUGUGGCAGACGCAGGUGUCAGUACGCCAGCAGAAGCUCAGCCAGCAGGAGCAAGAGUCUGUUGCUGCCAAACUGCGACAGGCUGAGGAGCACGAGGAGCGGUGGAAGGAGCUUGCAGAGCAGCAGGAACGCAGCCGUCUGCUGAAGUUACAGCAGGCAGCACGGGAGGAGAAGCACAAGAAAGCUCUGCAGGAGCAGAACCUGAAAUCACUGGAUGAGGAGAGAGCUGCCAUGCUGGAGCAGGAGAGGCUGCUGCUGAAGGAGAAGCUCACCAUGGCCGAGCUGAAGAGGCAGGAGAAAGAGCACCAGGCCCAGGAGGAGAGGAGAGGUCUGAAUAAAGCCGAGAAGAGGCGUCAUGCCGCCCUGAUACAAGAAAUUGCUCGCAGAGAGCAGGAGGAGAGGGAUGAUGCCCGGAGGGCAGCGGAGGAGAAGCUGAGCCGCUCCCUUGAGAAUUACGAGCAGAUCGUUGAGCGUCGAGGGCAGGAGCUGAAGGAGAAGGCCAAGAGAGAAGAGAAGCAGAUCCAGAAAGCCCGCAAAGCAGCAGAGAAGCGGGAGAAGCAACAGCAGCAGCAGCUAGAGGCCCGAGUAAAAGAGGCAGAGAAACGAGCCCAUCAGGCGGCUCUGGUGGCCGAGGAGAAGGCCAAGGAGAAAGCCAAGAAGGCCAUCCAGAGUCGGCAGGAGAAAGAAAAACUCCAGAAGCUCAACAGGCAGCGUGUGGAGGAGGAGGAGAGGCAGAGGCGCCUGGAGCUGGUCCAGUCCAUCGAGAGGAAGCUGGAGAAGAGUGAGCAGAUCUUCAGGGAGAAGAAGGCGGUGCUGGAGAGUGCGCGCUCAGUGGCGCGAGCUUCUUUCCAUGUGCGGGACAAAGUCAGAGAGGAGACUAACACGCGUACUUUUGAUAAGAUGGCUCUGGAAGCUCAGCUCAAAGCCAGUCUCGAUGAGAAAAUAAACCCAUAGCUUUGGUCCUGUGCUCGGCUCCAGCCUCCAUGAUGGCCUCCGUCACGCAGCAGGUUCACCCUUCUACCUUUGAACACCCACAGUGUUAUUCCCACUGUAUAUGUCAUCCAUUUCUACCAUUAUUAUAUGUUCUUUCAAAGUUCAGUUUAUCAUUGAAGCAUCAGGACGAUGAAACAUAUCAGCUGUUACUCGCCCGUGAAGCCCGCAGCCGUGAUGCUGCAGAAAUGACAUUUAGAGCAGGGAGAAAAGCUGCUUCGGCACAAACACCAACCCUUCUCUCCUCCAGGUUUGCCCUGUGCUCCGUCUACUCCAGCCACCCGGCUGAAAGCUGUGCAGGAAUGAAAAGAGUCAUUGUAAAUCCAGAAGCACAACUCUAUGACCACUGCAGGGGCUUUUAAGGGUACACUCCUUUAAGAGCAAAAGCCAACCUGAGGAAAAGGAAUGGAACAGACGACGGCCCUUUUGUAGAAACAGCGCACUUAGAGCGAAGGCUGGAAACUGUCCUCACCUCCUGAUGGAGCAGAGCAGGGUGACUCCCUCUGCUUCCAACAGCCACAUCAGAGUCAGCAGGUCUUGGUGAUGAACGGAAGCAGAUGACAGAUCAUAUCCUCCCACUGAGCUUCAUCCAGACUUAAUAGGGUUGAAAUGCAUCAAUUUUGAAGCUUUUUUAAUAAUUUCAUUUAUUUAUUUAUUUAUUUAUUCAUUAUUUACAUUUAUCAUUGCAUUGGGUUCAUCAGCAGAGAGGACCAGGGAACAACACGAAUCAACAUGAACAUGUUCCAAAAACAGCUUUAUUAGCAUCAGUAUAUGUUCCCUUUUACCUUUUUCUUACAUGUGGGCUUUGUUUGCUGUCAUUUCUGGUGUUAUGUUAUUAAACAUUUGUAUAUUAUGAUAAA